CGAAUGAAUUUGCAGUUGAAAUUGAACAUGUGGAUGGCUGGCUAGAGCCUGGAAGAGAGCUUAUCUCCUUCUCCUUCAUGUUUCAAUCGAAAGUUUCCGACUUUACUUCCCAAUUCCACAACACAAAGAGGGAAGUGAACUGUGCGUUCUUGUUUUAGUGAGCGAACGGCCAUGGCUGGUCCUCCGAAACUGUGCAGCAGCAUCCAUGGCGGGAAAUCCCUCUUCCCAUUUCCCGCUUCUUCUUCAAGCUUGCUUGCCAAACCCAUCUUCCCCCUGAAUGCUUACACCGGUUCUGCCCUCUCAACUGGAGGAUUGAGCUGCAGGCACGGCUUGUGGAGAAGAGCUGGGGGAUUGAAGUGUAGAGCGACAAGCACACCAGCAUCAGUACAGCCAGUGACUGAUGGUGUGGUGGUGGAAGACAAGUCCAAGGAGAACUUGGUCAGUGGGGAUUCCAUACGCCGGAGGUUUAUUGACUUCUAUGCUUCCCGUGGCCAUAAGGUUCUGCCAAGUUCUUCUCUUGUGCCUGAUGAUCCCACAGUGCUUCUUACCAUCGCAGGGAUGCUUCAGUUUAAGCCGAUAUUCCUCGGGAAGGCUCCAAGAGAGUUUCCUCGAGCAACAACUUCACAAAAGUGCAUUCGUACAAAUGACGUUGAGAAUGUUGGUCGAACAAGUCGGCAUCAUACAUUCUUUGAGAUGCUUGGAAACUUUAGCUUUGGAGAUUACUUCAAGCGAGAAGCGAUUAAAUGGGCAUGGGAGCUUUCAAUAGAGGAAUUUGGGCUUCCAGCUGACAGUGUGUGGAUUAGCAUAUAUGAAGAUGAUGAUGAAACUUUCAAAAUAUGGCAUGAAGAGGUUGGUGUUCCUGUUGAGCGAAUAAAAAGAAUGGGUGCAGAAGACAAUUUUUGGACUAGUGGGCCAACAGGUCCUUGUGGUCCAUGCACCGAGCUUUAUUUUGAUUUUCAUCCUGAAAAGGGAAUUGGUGAAGUGGUAUGCAUUUCUCUUAUUCUGAAAUCCUACUACUUAUUUCACUGUUUACCUGGUAAUGUUGGUGUUGGUGGAACUUGUUUGCUGGUACCUUUCCAUUUCUUAUGGUUUCUCUCUCCAUUGAAUGUUGACUUGCAGGAUCUUGGGGACGACAGUAGGUUUAUAGAGUUCUACAACCUAGUGUUCAUGCAGUACAACAGAAAGGAUGAUGGAUCACUUGAGCCUUUGAAGCAGCAAAACAUAGAUACUGGGCUUGGUCUAGAGCGGUUAGCUCGCAUACUCCAAAAGGUUCCCAACAAUUAUGAGACCGAUUUGAUCUAUCCAAUCAUCCAAAAGGCCUCGGAGUUGGCAAAUGUUCCGUACCAUGGUGCUGAUGAUAAGAAGAAAAUGCAACUUAAAAUUAUAGGAGAUCAUAUGCGUGCAAUUGUAUACCUAUUAUCAGAUGGAGUCCUCCCUUCAAAUGUUGGCAGGGGCUAUGUGGCUCGUCGCCUUAUAAGAAGGGCUGUUCGAACGGGAAGGUUGCUUGGGAUAAAGGGGGAUUGUAAAGGUAACAUUGAAGGAGCAUUUUUGCCAGCCAUUGCUGAAACAGUUAUAGAAAUGAGCACUUCCAUUGAUCCUGAAGUAAAAGUGAGGGCAUCUCGUAUUAUUGGUGAGUUGCAAAGGGAAGAGCUUCGUUUUGUACUGACUCUUGAGAGGGGAGAAAAGUUGCUUGAACAAAUGUUAUCUGAAGCACUAUCAAGUGCCAAAAAAAUUGGAAGAUCGUCGUGCUUGUCUGGAAAUGAUUUGUUUCUUUUAUACGACACGUACGGAUUUCCAGUUGAGAUCACAACCGAAGUUGCUGAAGAAAAAGGGGUAGAGAUAGACAUGGAAGGUUUCUAUGUUGAGAUGGAGAACCAAAGGCGUCAAUCUCAGGCCGCACACAAUGUUGUUAAGCUUGAUGUUGAAAAUGGUGGAGAUCUUGCUGAAAUGGUUGCAGAUACAGAAUUUCUGGGAUAUGACACCCUUUCUACGAAGGCAAUAGUCCAAAGCCUAUUACUGAAUGGGAAACCAGUGUUGCAGGUUUCUGAAGGAAACGAAGUAGAAGUUUUGUUGAACAAGACACCGUUUUAUGCCGAGUCAGGUGGUCAAAUUGGGGAUCGGGGUUAUCUCUAUAUAACAGAAGAUCAAAGUGAACGGACAGCUGUUGUGCAGAUACAAGAUGUUAAAAAGUCUCUCGGCAGUGUGUUUGUUCACAAGGGAACCAUUAAAGAAGGAGUCUUGGAGGUUGGCAAAGAAGUGGAAGCCAAUGUAGAUCCAAAGUUGAGGCAACGAGCUAAGGUCCACCAUACUGCCACUCAUUUGCUACAGUCUGCACUCAAGAAAGUUAUCGGUGAGGAAACAUCACAAGCUGGUUCAUUGGUGGCUUUUGAUCGUCUCAGAUUUGAUUUCAACUUUCAUCGGCCACUUGUCGAUAACGAGCUGGAUGAAAUUGAAAGAUUGAUAAACGGAUGGAUAGGUGAUGCAACACUACUUCACACUAAAGUUUUGCCCUUGACCGAUGCUAAAAAGGCAGGAGCUAUUGCCAUGUUUGGAGAAAAAUAUGGAGAGGAGGUACGCGUUGUGGAGGUUCCUGGUGUAUCCAUGGAACUUUGUGGUGGAACCCAUGUCAACAAUACUUCUGAAAUUCGUGCAUUCAAGAUAAUAUCAGAGCAGGGGAUUGCAUCUGGAAUCAGGCGAAUCGAGGCUGUUGCAGGUGAAGCAUACAUCGAGUAUAUUAAUGGAAGAGAUUCCCAAUUGAGACGACUCUGUUCCACUCUCAAAGUCAAAGCGGAAGAGGUUACAACCAGGGUAGAUAACUUAUUAGAAGAGCUACGAGCAGCAAGAAAUGAAGUAUCAACAUUGCGUGCAAAGGCUGCAGUGUACAAAGCAUCUAUAAUUGCCAGCAAAGUGGUCUCUAUAGAAGCUUCAAGUCCAAUUAGGGUCCUAGUCGAGAACAUGGAUGAUGUGGAUGCCGAGUCGCUCAAAAGUGCAGCGGAGUAUUUAGUGGACUCACUGCAAGAUCCAGCAGCUGUUGUCUUGGGGUCCACUCCGGAUGAAGGUAAGGUUAGCCUUGUGGCAGCGUUUUCUCCAGGAGUUGUCAAAUUGGGUGUUCAGGCAGGGAAGUUCAUAGGGCCUAUAGCCAAAUUAUGUGGGGGAGGAGGCGGUGGAAGGCCGAACUUUGCUCAGGCUGGUGGUAGGCAGCCCGAGAACCUGUCCAGCGCAUUGGAAAAAGCUCGAACAGAUCUUUUAUCAGUUCUUACUGAAAAGUCAAGUCAAUAAUCAACUUUUAGAACUCUAGUAGACCUCUGCAGAAGAAUCAGUCAUCAACAACUGCUAGGCUCUACCAUGCACAUAAUUAUUUGCCCUUUUGACAAAGAAAGCAAGGAGCUACUUCCCUCACUUGGACCGUUCUUCAGCAUUUCCAGCGCGAGGAACUGGGUACUUCCCUUGUGUGUUCUGGAUAUAGCCACAACAAGCAUCUGUCAAUCGUGAAAUAUGAUCCAGUUAUUUUUUCCCCAUCUUCUCGUUGUAGAUAAUUGUCGAUGGUGAUUGUGCAGUUGCGAUUCUAGAAACGGUUGUGCUGGUCUUUAGUGGGGAAGAUCUUUGUGAUUGUUUCUACAUGCAUUAUUGUGAUGUAGGAAGAUGGAAGCUUAGUGCUAACCAUCCAGAAACAGGAUGGGCUGUCAAAGUUGUUGUGUUUGAAUAGAAUGAGACAUACUUGAUUUAGGUAACAAGCGUCGAAGAUCUUGCGGCGACACAAAUCACAAUGAAGGCGACGGAGAACUUGGUCAGUGGGGAUUCGAUACGCCGGAGGUUCAUUGAUUUCUAUGCUUCCCGUGGCCACAAGGUUCUGCGAAGUUCUUCCCUUGUUUCCGAUGAUCCUACAGUACUUCUUACGAUCGCAGGGAUGCUUCAGUUUAAGCCCAUAUUCCUGGGAAAGGUUCCUAGAGCAUUUCCUCGAGCAACAACUGCACAGAAGUGCAUUCGAACAAACGACGUCGAGAAUGUUGGUCGAACGAGCCGGCAUCAUACGUUCUUCGAGAUGCUUGGGAACUUUAGCUUUGGAGAUUACUUCAAGCGAGAAGCGAUUGGAUGGGCAUGGGAGCUUUCAAUAGAGGAAUUUGGGCUUCCAGCUGACAGAGUGUGGAUUAGCGUAUAUGAGGAUGAUGAUGAAGCUUUCAAGAUAUGGCAUGAAGAGGUGGGUGUUCCUGUUGAGAGAAUAAAAAGGAUGGGUGAAGAAGACAACUUUUGGACCAGUGGAGCUACAGGUCCUUGUGGACCAUGUUCUGAGCUUUACUACGAUUUCCAUCCCGAAAGAGGUGUCGAUGAAGCGGUAUGAUUGGCUUUCUGUACUCCUGGAAACCUGAAGCUUUUUUCACUCCUUACCUGCUAAGGAUGUGGGUUAUUACUGGAACUUCAAGUUGGAUAAGUGUUCAUGCAGUACAACAGAAAGGAUGAUGGAUCACUUGAACCUUUGAAGCAGCAAAACAUAGAUACUGGACUUGGUCUAGAGCGGUUAGCUCGCAUACUCCAAAAGGUUCCCAACAAUUAUGAGACUGAUUUGGUCUAUCCAAUCAUCCAAAAGGCCUCAGAAUUGGCAGCUGUUUCGUACCAUGAUGCAGACGAUAAGAAGAAAAUGCAACUUAAAAUCAUAGGAGAUCAUACACGUGCAAUCGUGUACCUAUUAUCAGAUGGAGUUCUUCCUUCAAAUGUUGGCAGGGGCUAUGUCGUUCGACAACUUAUACGAAGGGCAGUUCGAACUGGAUGGUUACUUGGUAUAAAGGGGAAUUGUAAAGGUAACAUCGAAGGAGCAUUCUUACCAGCCAUUGCUCAAACAGUUAUAGAAAUGAGCACUGCUAUUGAUCCUGAAGUGAAGGCGAGAGCAUCUCGUAUUAUUGGCGAGCUGCAAAGGGAAGAGCUUCGUUUUGUACAGACUCUAGAGAGAGGAGAGAAGUUGCUUGAACUAAAGUUAGCAGAAGCACUAUCAUGUGCCAAACAAAGUGAAAGAUCCCCCUGCUUGUUGGGAAAUGACGUGUUUCUCCUAUAUGCCACAUAUGGAUAUCCAGUUGAGAUCACAACUGAAGUUGCUAUAGAAAAAGGGGUAGAGAUAGACAGGGAAGGUUUCGAUAUUGAGAUGGAGGAGCACAGGCGUCAAUCUCAGGCGAAUCACAACAUUGUUAAACUUGGUGUUGAAAAUGGUGGGGAUCUUGCUGAAAAGGUUGCUGAUACAGAAUUUUUGGGAUAUGAUACCCUUUCAACGAAGGCAAUGGUCCAAAGCCUAUUCGUAAAUGGGAAACCAAUGUUGCAGGUUUCUGAAGGAAAUGAAGUAGAAAUCUUGCUGGACAAGACACCGUUUUAUGCCGAGUCAGGUGGUCAAAUCGGAGAUCAGGGCUCUCUCUAUGUUACGGGAGACCAAAGAGAAUGGACAGCAGUUGUGCAGAUCCAAGAUGUUAAAAAAUCUCUCGGCAGUGUGUUUGUUCACAAGGGCACCAUUAAAGAAGGAAUCUUGGAGGUUGGCAAAGAAGUGGAAGCCACUGUAGAUCCAAAGUUGAGGCAGCGAGCUAAGGUUCACCAUACUGCCACUCACUUGCUACAAUCUGCACUCAAGAAGGUCAUUGGGGAGGAGACAUCACAAGCUGGUUCACUGGUGGCUUUUGAUCGUCUCCGUUUUGAUUUCAACUUUCACCGGCCACUGGUCGAUGGUGAGCUGGACGAAAUCGAAAGAUUGAUAAACGGAUGGAUUGGUGAUGCAAUACUACUUCAAACUAAGGUCUUGCCUAUGACUGAUGCUAAAAAGGCAGGGGCCAUUGCCAUGUUUGGAGAAAAAUACGGAGAGGAGGUGCGUGUUGUGGAGGUUCCUGGUGUAUCAAUGGAACUUUGUGGUGGAACCCAUGUCAACUGUACUUCUGAAAUUCGUGCAUUCAAGAUAGUAUCAGAGCAAGGGAUUGCAUCUGGAAUCAGGCGAAUCGAGGCUGUUGCAGGUGAAGCAUACAUCGAGUAUACUAAUGGACGAGAUUCCCAAUUGAGACGACUCGGUUCCACUCUCAAUGUGAAAACGGAUGAGGUUACAACGAGGGUAGGUAACUUGUUAAAGGAGCUACAAGCAGCAAGAAAUGAAGUAUCAGCAUUGCGUGCAAAAGCUGCAGUGUAUCAAGCAUCCGUAAUUUCCAGCAAGGUGGUCUCUAUAGAAGCUUCAACUCCAAUUAGGGUUCUAGUCGAGAACAUGGACGAUGUGGAUGCAGCCUCGCUCAAAGUUGCAGCGGAGUAUUUAGUGGAAAAGCUGCAAGAUCCAGCAGCUGUUGUACUGGGGUCUGCUCCGGAUGAAGGGAAGGUGAGCCUAGUGGCAGCAUUCUCUCCAGGAGUUGUCAAAUUGGGAGUUCAGGCAGGGAAGUUCAUAGGGCCUAUGGCAAAACUAUGUGGUGGAGGAGGAGGUGGACGGCCUAACUUUGCUCAGGCUGGAGGGAGGAAGCCCGAGAAUCUGUCGAGUGCACUGGAGAAAGCUCGAACAGAUCUUCUAUCAGUUCUUACAGAAAAGUCAGGUCAAUAAUUUAACUUGUUCAGCUGCAGUUCCAACUUCCAACCAUGGUUGUGCUGGUAAAGAUCUCUGUGAUUUUCUUCAUUUUCUACAUGCAUUAUUGAUACAGGAAGAUGGAAGAUUAAUGCUAAACCAUCUAGACAGAAUCAAUAAGAUGGGCUGUCAAAGCUGCUGUGUGUUUCAAUAGAAUGAAACAUAGUUGAUUCAGGUAGAAAUUCUAGUACUGUUUUUUUGUACAUAAUAUUAUGAAUACAUAUCUGAAUACACUGAAC